CACCGCGGGAAGAUGGCGGAUUGCACGCUAACGGAUGAGGACUUCUCUUUAUUCGUCUUCAACUACCUGACAGAAAACGCGGAGUCUCAGUAUGAUUCAGUGGCUGGUGAUGACCGUCUAUAUUCAGACUUUCCUGAAAUUGACCUUUCCCAGCUGGAUGUGAAUGACCUUGAUUCAGUUAGCUGCCUUAGUGAACUGCAGUGGGACAAUGACCAAACAGAAAUAACUUCCAGCCAGUAUAAUACAGAAGAUUCUGAACUUUUUGAAAUCAUAGAGGAAGAAAAUGAGGCCUUGCUGGCUGCUCUCACUGAGACACUGGACGACAUCCAAGUAGAUGAUGUGAGCCUGUCUGCGUUCAAGGAACUUGCAGAUGGAGUUGUGACUGAUUCGUUGGAAACUGCCUCAUUAUCAACACCAGAUGGCAGUCCUUCCACCACACAGGCUGAUGAACCAUCUCUAUUAAGGAAACUCCUUCUGGCUCCACAAAAUGUCCAGUUAAACUAUGAGCGACAAAAGGGAACCAAUACAACGCAAAACGCGUCCAGUAAUCACAAGUCAAAAGCACAUCGCCCUUCUAUCAAGGUUGAAGGCCCACAGGGCAGUAAGCCGCACAGCAUCUGUCAACGUCAGCAUCGAACAUUCACAGAGUUACACAAGCACCUGACAUCAACUACCUGUCCUUCCCUGUUUAAAACAGAUGAUUCCAUACUCACUAAAAAAGACCAAAGCAGUCCAGUGUGGACUUCACAGUAUCACCAGUCACAUCACCCGCAAGGUGAGAGUGAGGAUGAUGGUGAUGUUGAUGACGAUUGUGUUAAUGAUGGUGCUAACAAAGAAUUGGAUUGCUUCAAUGAUGGGAAUGGGGAACACAAACAAGGACAAAACAUUCUACAAAAUGGCACAUCUUGCUUUGCAGCCAAUAAGUCCGAAGAUGUGGUGGCAUCAGCAAAAGGCAGUUGGACUAAAAGCUCUCAGUUUACCACGGAAGCAGAAUUGCGUUCAGUAAUUGAGCUUAUCAAGUACAUGCACACAUAUUGUCUUCCACCUAGGAAAUAUCUGGUAGACAUGACUGAACAGAGUGGUAGCUGCAAUGCUAAUUGUAAAAAGCUAAACAGUGACUGCUCUCUGCAGGAGCUUAUAAAACCCAGCGUAGACAAUCAAAAACUCUCAAAUUCCUUAAAGUCAAAUGUCAGUCCAGGGCUUGGAAGGAACACUCCAGAUAUUCGCAAAUGGAAUAUAAGAGAGCUUUCCAAGAGUUCCAUUCUAAGGGAGCUAUUGGAAAGUAAUAUUGCUCUAGACGUGAGCAAACCUUAUAGACUUCAUAAUCCUUUGUAUCCUGUUUACACUCACUCACCUAGUAAAGUUGAGGCUGUUCUACCUCUGGUAGUGCCCCAGAAUGAAUGUGAUCGUACCAUCAAAUGUACGCUGGAAAAGCACAGAAAGAAAUGCAGUAAGAGCAGGGCUGCUAAAACAGGGGGCACAGCAAGGAAACAAGGAAAUACAUGCCUUGCGGUUCGACGCUCAUUGAGAUUGAACCCUCAGGCUAAUGAGGUCCUGAACUACGAUUUAGAGUCAGCUUCAGGUGGAAGUUUGACUAGAGUAGAUUUGAAGAGAACUCUAAAGGAGUCUGGGUCUGUGAAUGUGCAGACGAUGUUCAAUGAGGAAGAGAAGGAGCAGGUAGUAGAAAUUGAGAUAGAUCAUUCUGGACAACAACUCUGUGACAGUGGUGCAAGCAUUGUACUAGAUGACCAGCGGCAUCUACAAUCCUGUAAUCAAGUGCGAUGGACUGAGGAGAACAACAAUGAAGAAAGUUCGUUUAUUCCUGACCUUUCCAUGGUUCCAUGCUCUAAUAUAGUUGAGGACCACCAAGCCUUCACUGCACAGGACUUCCCAUUAUAUGAAAUCAAGAUGCAAGAAACCAGGACUAGCAGAAAGCUAGCCAAACCUACAAGCUUGUUACUGAGUCCAGAGUCUGAAAGUGACUCCAAAGAUUCCCCUCUUGAGAGCAAACCCUUUGAACAAGCUCUGAGUGUAGAACUGUGUGGAACUGCUGGACUUACACCUCCAACUACUCCACCACACAAAACAACUCGCGAUGAUCCUUUCAAGACAUCAAUAAAGACUGAAUCAUCUGUUGACAACAGAAUUAACCAAUUACCAUCAAAAGAUCAUUGGAGUUCUUUGUCAAAAAGUCUUGUUAAUAAACACCCAGAGCAAACUGAACUGUACGCUUAUCUUAGCAAAGCCACAGUUACCCCCAUUCAAAUAGAAGGCAAAAAAGUUAAAAGGUCAUACACUAGAUGCUUUGGUGAUCAUGAUUACUGCCAAUUGUAUAGGUCAGAGACUGAAACUGAAAGAAAUAUUUUGAGACUUUAUGAACUUCCAAACUCCAAUGGUCAACAGAAUGUAAAGGAAAAACAUGACAAUUAUUCACUUUACAAUGAAAAGAGACAGAAGAUGUCUCCCAUUCCAAACCAUGGACUUAAUUGUGAGAAAGUAGAGAUGAGCAAAGAGCUUCCAGUUCAAAGCAGCAAUAAGAAAUCAAUGAAAGACCAAGAGAUAAGAGCCAAAUUAUUCAAGCACUUUGGUUAUCCAAAAGAAGCCAUCACUGAUGAGGAGAAGCAGCAUAUGCUUGAAGACACUGAAUGUGAUCUUAAGAAACGCUGCUGUUAUUCAGAUAUAAAGCUACAAACUUGGGUGAAGGAGCCUGACACCAGUUCUAGGGCUUUGUCACCAACCAUUGCCUUGCAUAAACAAUCCAAGUCACUGCCAAAGGACCCUUUGCAUCCUCAAGAGCAUCAAUUAGACAGGGAACGAACAAAGACCUACACUAACCAACAGCGCAAAGCAUCAUUUGGAUCUUCACGCACACAAUCCAGGUUUGCAGUGAAAAGGGAAUCUGCCAGAAAUGGCAGUCAGGAGAAAUAUUCAUACAAGAAACAAAUAUGGAAGGAGGAGAACUUUGAAAAAGCAAACCAAAUGAACAAAAAGAAUAAAGCCAUGGAUGAAUGUCGUAUUAUCUAUGUUGGAAAGCUAGCAUGCAAUAUAACUCAAGCAGAACUAAAGCAUCGCUUUGAAGUCUUUGGGGAGAUUGAAGAAUGCAGACUACUCGGUCAAGACAGGGGUGACAUGUAUGGAUACAUUGCCUAUCGCUACAGUGAGGAUGCUGCUUUUGCUCUCAAGAAUGGACACAAUUUGCAGAAGCAGAAUGAACCUGCCUUGCAAUUGUGCUAUGGAGGACUCAGACGAUUCCGGAAAGCUAGUUACACUGACCUGGAUACCAGUGCAGAAGACCUGGAGCCUGCUCCAAUUAAAAGCAAGUAUGACACUAUGGAUUUUGACAGCUUGCUGAAAGAGGCACAGAAAAGCCUGACUAGGUAACGGCCUUACAUCUACUGCCUACAGAGGAUGCCACAAUACCUCAAUCAAGGCACUUUUCAUUUGUUUACCUCUGUCCAGUAGAACGGGACAUUGUCCUUUUACAGUGAAACAAAAAUGAAGUUUACAUGAACCAAGCUGCUUCUGUCUGUGAUUCUUUGGGUAGAUGUCAAAUGUCACAAGUUCGGGCAGUUUAGUAGAACUACUGCUCUUUGGUUGUUGUGUUCCCAUAAGUAUACAUACAAUAAUAGUGGAGUUGCAGCUGUGUUCACCAAUUUUAAUGUCUGUAGUUUGGGAUACCGUGUUAGUAUAAUGGGAAUUGGGGUUAAACACGCGGGUGUUUUACAUGUUUUAUGUGCUGCAUUUUAAAAUGUAAUAGUUUACAUGUAUUGAAGCGUUUUCUGUUGUAAUUUAUUGUGUGCUUCCAUUGUUUCAACUAUGCACUGUAACUGUAGCCUUGCCUUUUCAGUCCUGAAAUUUCCUAACCAGAAAUGUUUACAUGUAAUAUUAUAGACCUUACUAUCAUUAUAGUGAACUAACAUAUCUAGGUUGACAAAGCUGUACUGUAAGUCAUUGAAUAGGUGCAUAUCAAGAGCAAUUUAUACCUGGGUGCAUGAAUGAUAAUUCCAUUAAUUGGUGGGAUCAUCAGAAUGUUAUAGCUAUAGCUGAUGAAAGUAAAUUAAUCUAAGAUCAUAUACUGACAAAAAAAAAGAAGAAAUUAUGGUUAUUAUUGUUUCAGUAUGUGUGCAAUUCAUUUAAAAUGAGUGGGAAGGUAUGGGGAGUUCAGAUUAAGAAGCAUGAUUUUCUUUCAAUUUUUUAAUUUUUGGAACGCCUUACUUGUUUAAUUACUGUUUUAUAAUUAGAUUUUUUCCAGGCAGUUAAAAUAUAGUCCAUUUUUGGUAAUCUAAUGUAUUUUAUUUAUGAUCUUCAGAUUGAAACUUUGGAACCUUAUACCUUUCCACGUCAGCUUUAAGUGUGAUUAAAUAAGUCUCUAGCUUCUAAGCAAAUGGCAUAUUAUGUAUUUUUUAAAUCAUAUCUUAUAGUUUCCUAGAGAAGUAAUUCAAAUCACAAACUGUAUUAAACAUUAUAUUUUAAUGUCUUGUAAAUAUGUUUAAACCUUCUGAAAGCCCCUUUAAUGCACUUGUUUACAUUAAUAAAAAUCGCAGAAUGUA